AUAUUCUUCUCAUGGUUUUCUACGAACAAUAUUGUCUUUUCAUUGUCUUUUUUGUUCAUGCCGUUUUCAGCCGCCCUCGUUAUUUUUCACAUAACUACCCGCCAGUCGCGAACUUGGCAGAAAAUGCUCUUCUUCUUCUUCUCAGGACUGGUUCUGUACUGAUAGACCCUGACCCGUGAAAUUACAGAAAUGUCCCUAAGGAAUCCAAAUAUUCUCCGAAUACCCUCAGUCCACUGUUCUACCUCCGAUGCUCAACUCGCAAUCAAAGCAAUCCAAUAUCUCAAACGCCACCCUUACCAGCUUGACUCUCUCUCUUCCGAUUUUACCCCUGAUGCAGCCUCCUAUUUACUCCUCAAGUCCCAAUUGGACAAAACCCUAAUCUUGAGCUUCCUCGACUGGGCUCGGACCCGCCAGUUCUUCACCUUCCGCUGCAAGUGCCUCGCCCUCCACAUCCUCACCCGCUUCAAGCUUUACAAGACCGCCCAAGCCCUCGCUGAGGACGUGGCCGUCAAUACCAUCACCGAAGAUGAAGGUGGAAAUUUGGUCUUUGACUGUCUCAGUGAGUCUUUCCAGCUCUGCAAUUCGAGCUCCGCAGUUUUCGACUUGGUGGUCAAGUCCUACUGCCACUUGAAACUGACUAGCAAGGCUAUCAACAUCGUUAACUUGGCCAAGUCUCGUGGUUUUAUGCCUGGUGUUUUGUCGUAUAAUGCUAUUAUAGACUCCAUAAUCAGGUCCAGAGGGUCGGUUAAAAGUGCGGAGGAGGUGUUUAUUGAGAUGGUUAAAAAUGGGGUCUCGCCAAAUGUGUUCACUUACAACAUUCUGAUUCGGGGUUUUUCUGGGGCUGGGAAUAUGGAUAUUGCUUUGCAUUUUUUCGCCGAAAUGGAGAAAAAUGGGUGUUUGCCAAAUGUUGUUACAUAUAAUACCUUGAUUGAUGGAUAUUGUAAAAUGAAUAAGUUGGAUGAGGCUUUUGGGUUGUUAAGGUCGAUGGCUUUGAAGGGUUUGGAGCCAAAUUUGAUUUCCUAUAAUGUGUUAAUCAAUGGUCUGUGUCGACAUGGGAGGUUGAAGGAGACAGGGAAGUUUCUUGAGGAGAUGAAAAGGAAGGGUUAUGUGCCUGACGAGGUUACUUACAACACUCUCGUUGGUGGAUAUUGCAAGGACAAUAAUUUUCACCAAGCUCUUAUUUUACAUGCUGAGAUGGUUAGGAAUGGUUUGUCUCCAAAUGUUGUUACUUAUACAGCAUUGAUAAGUAGUAUGUGUAAGGCUAGAAAUUUGAAUCGAGCAUUAGUGUUUUUUGAUCAGAUGCGGGUUAGAGGACUUUAUCCUAACGAGAGAACUUACACAACAUUGAUUGAUGGUUUCUCCCAACAAGGGUUCUUAGAUGAAGCUUACAGGUUUCUGAAAGAGAUGACUUCGAUGGGAUUCUCACCUUCGAUUGUGACUUAUAAUGCCAUUAUUAAUGGCCACUGCAUUUUAGGAAAGAUGGAAGAAGCCAUGGGAGUCAUGCGAAACAUGGUGGAGAAGGGAUUGAUUCCAGAUGUGAUAAGUUAUAGUACUAUUAUAUCUGGGUUUUGCAGGCAUCAGGAAUUGGAGAAGGCAUUUCAAACGAAGUUGGAGAUGGUUGAGAAGGGUAUAUCUCCAGAUUCUAUCACCUAUUCAUCACUUAUUCAAGGUUUUUGUCAGCAGAGGAAACUUGAUGAAGCUUGCAAUCUAUUUCAAGAGAUGGUUAGUAAGGGUUUGUCUCCUGAUGAAUUCACAUACACGACCUUGAUCAAUGCUUAUUGUGUAGAAGGGGAUUUGAACAGAGCCCUUAAAGUACAUGAUGAAAUGGUGGGAAAGGGUUUUCUCCCUGAUGUUGUUACCUACAGUGUGCUUAUCAAUGGACUUAACAAACAAGCUCGGACAAAGGAAGCAAAGAGGCUUUUGCUUAAGCUGUUCUAUGAUGAGGCUGUGCCAAAUGAUGUCACUUAUAGUACGCUAAUAGAAAAUUGCUGUAGUACUGAAUUUAGAAGUGUCGUAGCUCUUGUAAAGGGAUUUUGUAUGAAAGGUUUGAUGGACGAAGCAGAUCGAGUUUUUGAGACGAUGGUUACAAGGAAUUACAAGCCCGACGAGUCAGUUUACAAUGUCAUUAUACAUGGUCAUUGUCGGGGUGGAAAUGUUGAAAAGGCAUAUAACCUGUACAAGGAAAUGUUAAAUUUUUGUUUUGUUCCUCAUACAGUGACUUUAAUAGCACUAAUUAAAGCUCUUUUCACUGAAGAGAUGAACAACGAACUAAAUCAAGUGAUAACUAAAAUACUGAGAAGCUGUCGGCUUACUGAUGCCGAGCUCGCAAAAUUACUUGUUGAAAUCAACCAGAAGGAAGGAAAUAUGGAUGCAGUUUUCAAUGUGCUUGCUGACAUGGCCAAGGAUGGCCUUCUUCCAAACAGUGGCCUCAGCGCGUAUGCUGGAGGAUAAGAAUAAUGUAAUUUUUAAGUUUUAACCGAGAGUUAAUUAUGAUGGCCUUUGACCAAGGAGAACAUGAAGAUGGUAGGGUGAGGUACAGAAUACACUUAUGUUGUUUAUUGACAGAUACCUUUGCCGAUGCUUUGGCAACUCAUAUCAACGAGCAUUUCUUCCAUCUCAUUUGCAGAUUGAAAUACGUGUGGAGUUCAUUAUUCAUCAUUUUCUGUUUACAAAUGAUUUUCUGUGACUGGCAUCACGAUUUUAUCAAAGGGAUCCCAGUCCUACGGAAACUUUGUUCAUAUUGAUGAGAUCAAGCAGGAGUUAAAAGUUUUUCUCAGUUUUGACAUAUGCUGAGCCAAAAUGAGAUGUUGAGAAUGGAGUCUCCAAACUCAUAUGCUGUUAUAGGAAUGGUCAUGUUUAGCACUGAUUCCAAAGAACAUGGAUGCCUUGAGCUAAAAACGAAAAUUUCAUGCAAGUCGUGGAUAGAUGAUUGAUGAGAUACAAGAGAUUUAGAAGAACUUUGGCAGUAUUUUGGAGUCCCUAAACCAGAGACUCGAGGCUGGAGCGGAGGAAAACCUAGGCUGGGACCUAGGAAUUGGAGAGAAUCAAAUUCGCGUCUAUGCCGAGAUGGUGAAUAUUCCUGCCUGUAGCCUAAGAGGUUUCCAGGCUUUGAGGUUGCAACGAUGAAGAUUGCAGGCCGCGGCCAACUCCCGUGUUUUAUCGCGAUAAUGUGCUGAGGCUGUGGCAGUGAGUAUCCCAGAUUGUGGCCUACACCGUUUUUUAGAUUUUAAAUUUUAAUUCUAAAUAUAAUUAAAGGGGACUAUAAAAGAGAAAUUAGGAGAAAUUUCAAAAUAACUUUUAAUUGCGUUUUUUAGAGACUUAAACUCAGAUAGUCCUGGAGAGAGGAGGAUUGAUCAUUAUUAUCAUUAAUAUUCUAGUUUUUUUUUUCUUCUUCCUUAAACUCUAUUAUUUUAAUUGUGAUGUUAAUUAUGUUUGAGAUUA